AGGGCAUUCGAGGGACUGGGACGCCCUUAAUUCAUGCACCAACGCUGCCCCAACACACAAUAGUAUCAAAUAUUUGUCGUGCAGCCGCCAUUGCAGCAACCGCUGCCCGCAACAGUGCGGCCAGUAGCGCAUUGCAGCACAAUGGCAGCUGUGCAGUGAAACAAGCAUGCGGCGCCUGCUGCUGCCCAUGGUCGCGGCGCUAGCAAAAGCAGGCAGCCGCGGCGCGAACGGCGUCGCGCUCUGCGGCCCGGACCACAUUGCAAUAGCGGACUCGGCGGCCGACAGCGUCGUGAUCCUCGACCCGCGCCGCGCGGAAGUCGUAGACAUCGUCCCGCUGCCCUACGGCAUCUUCGCGCACGGCGUCGCGUGUCUACGACAACCGACAGAUCAUGAACCGGGUGUGAUAAUCGUCACGGCGCAGCACGGCGGCCACGUCUUCGCGUCGGCUUAUGAUGAGAAUCGACAACACCGCCUAUCAACGUACGCGGCGUGGUUCGCGUCCUUCCGGCCGAACACGACUCUUGUAGAGGGCACGUACGCCGUCGACGCGGAGCCGUGGCGGAACAUGACGCACGGCCCCAAAGGAUUGGCAUUGCACGACGGCGUUAUUUAUCUACCUUUCCAGUCGCGCCACACCAUAAUAAGUGUGGACGCCGCGGACAUUGUGGAAAUCGUCUCCGCGAAGUUCCGCGAGCGGAGGCACCUCGCGCUCGCGGAGAAUGCAUUGGUGUGGGUCAACGCCACCUCCGCUAGGAUUUUCGGCCACCCGCGGAAGCCCUACGCGCUGGCCUUCGGGCCAUGGAUGGGGGUCGAGGCGCUCUACGUCUUGGGGGGCGACGGCGUGGUCGUCCUCAACAUCACUCUCAACAUCACCCUCGUACCACACGCGCCGGUCCUGGCGACCUACGUCACGGAGAACAUGCGCUACGCGCGGGCGCUGGCGGUGCUCGGGGAGAAGGUCUACCUCCUCGUGACGAAGGGGCACUCCAGCUGGGUCGAAGCGCACGCCUUUUCCGCGCCCCCGUACACCGUUGGCGUCGUGGGCCGCGGACACGGCGCCGGCGACGGCUGCGGGACCGUCCCGUCCUUCUCGCGGCCCCACUCUAUCAUCGCCGCCGCGGCCCCACCUCCUUCCGGAAGACGGCGCCUGGCGCAACACGCGCACUCGAAGGACGCCCUUUGGGUCGCCGACAUGGAUAAUAGGGCCGCGCGGUCCAUCUCCAUCGACGGCAACCGUGGCUGCACUUCGACAAUUCCGUACCGGAGUUUAUUGCGGCGCUUCCACGAGCGGCCCGCGGCGGCGACGCCGAACUGCUCGCAACAGCUCGUACCGACGGCCGCGGCUGCGAAAGCCGCCUGCGGCGACCGGCGGCUCUGCUCGGCCGCGGAGCUGCGUCCCACGGACGGUAUCGCCUGGGCGGCCGGCGACUGCGCGUCGUGCUUCUCGCACAUCGAGACCUGCGACGCGACGAAGGAACGCUGGGGCGCCGACUACUUUCCCCUGCUGACGUCGUCGCGGAAAUCGACGUGGCUCGAGUGCCGGAGCGCGAGGGACGGCCCGCGCCCACAGGCCCGCGCGUGCUGCUGCGGCCCCGAGUGAUUAGUUAUGCGCCUGGCGCUUUUCGUUUCCGAAUCCCCUUCGGCGUCCGAAUCCCUAUCGGCUAUUGUAAGUAACAUGAUACGUUUAAC